ACAGUUACACAUCAAAAAAUAGUUUGGUGUAGAACAGUUAUUUUUCGAGAAAUAUAAAAUGCGCGCAACUGUCUUCAUUUUGUUCGGCCUUUUAGCUUUUGCUGCCGCCAACCAGGCAACAGACUUGGACGAAGAUGAGUGGGAUAUAUCGUUGGAAGAAGCUCAAGGUCGUGGUUUGAUACUCAACUCACAAGCCAAAAAGGCUUUAAAGAACUUUAUGGCGCAGCUUCCCUGCGGUUGGCCCGAUCUUGGCAUUCCCCCACUAGCACCCUACACAAAUGCUGAUCUAACCUUGCAUUUGACCAAAUCUGUGGUCGAGACUAUAACUCAACUCCUUCGUUUUCGUUUUGAUGGUCUUGACCAAAUGGAUAUAAAAAAAUUGAAAGUUAGCUAUACAUUCAGCAAAAAAGUAAAAUUCCACUUCAUCUUCAAGGAGCUGAAGGCCACAGCUCAAGCUUACAACACGGACACAUUAAUCGAUCUAUUGAAUGAAUUGGGUUUGUCAGUGCGAUAUGAGGGUUCUGGAUCAUUGGAAUUCGCCUUGAAGAAUCUGGCCAUUGAGGGACAGUUCAAAUAUAAGAUGCCAUUCUUUUUGGGCUCGAUCAAAAUUUACAAGUUCCAAGCGACUGUCUCUCUGGGCAGCGUAACCUCCAAUAUUGGCGGCCUUUUGGGUAAUGGAAACCUAAAUAGCUACCUCAAUGAACAGAUCGAAACCAUCAUCCCCAACUACAUCAAUAACAAUCAGAAAGAGAUAAGCGAGAAAAUUGAGUCGAACUUUGUGCCACGCGUUAACGCCUACUUGAAGGGACACAAAAUCUGGUGGUUGUUUGGUCAAAUGACAGGAUCGAACAAUAAAUGCGACCCAACCCCAGCGCCAUGGUUGGCAGUGCAGCAAAAUAAGACCGAUGUGGAAAACUAAGAAA